AUGGGUAUUUGUCAUUGUAGCAAAAGUAGUGAAACAGAACAAAAAUAAGUAAAAGUGAAAGUUGGAGGAGGUGAAGAUGGAACUUGUACAUGGAAAAUUUUAAAAGGGGUUUAGUAGUAUAAUUUGGUAACCAAUUCAGGAUGGGAAAUGAAGUUUGAACUUUCAUCUAAUGGAACAAUAAGUGGUGGAAAUAAGAAUGAUAAUGAAGAAGAUGCUUUAAAAAAGAUAUAUGCUGGAACUUUAAAAAAUGGAAUAUUAGAUUGUAUAGCUACAUUUGAGGAUGGGGCUCAAAUAAAGUAUGAUGGUUAAAUGGAAGGAUCAAUAAUGAAGGUCACUUGUCGAGUCAUCAAAGGUAGUGAUAAGUUUAAUGAGGGAGAUAUAGCUGAUUGUAUUGGACCUGUAAAAUAUGAAUGA